AUGCCUCAGCCCGAAAUGGUCAUGGUCCCCGGCGUGAACGGCCGCCCUGCCGAGUUCCUCACUCGCAAGGCUAAAGCCAAGCGUGAUGAGCAAGAGGCUUGCCGUAAAGAGAAGGAUAAUGAGGCUGAGGCUCGUCCUGCAUCUAACAAUGCCAGCGAGACUUUCCCGAGCAGCAACAUUUCCGACCGAGAAAAUGAUCAAGGGAGUUCCGCGGAGGCUAUGUUCUCUCGAACCUCUCCUACCACGUAUGACUCGUGCUCCGAUCGUCUCAAGAAAGACGACAUCGACGAUAAGCUGUCAAAGAAGAUUGGUGGCAAAGUCGCCAAGAAAAAGCCACGGAAGCCAUACGACAUCGGCAAACUUCGUCAGAACUUUGCUGGUACCGUCUAUGGGGACGACCGACGCUCCGCGAUCCAGUAUCGUGCCCAGAAGUGGUCAUCCCACUCGCGUCGCUACAGAGAUAGUUCGAAUGGUGAAGAGAGCCGAAAGCACACACUUCAGAUUAGCGAGAAGGACAACUCCACUCCAGGCCAGACCAAUCUCGUCCCUCGUUAA